ACAAUACUUUAUCACAGCCUGGUGAUCGUGGAGGGUUUCAAAGAUCUCUGGAAGGUUCUUUAUUUGGAAUGAGAUCUACCGAACAUUCGAAUCCAACUUCAUCAAUAGAAUUUAAUACUUUAAGAAAGGCUCAAGCUGAAACUCGGAAAAGUGAUUUGGUGGUCAAAAUUGCUGGACCUAUUGAAUUCCUUCCUAGUGAUUAUCAAUGGCAAGACAUUAAAAUCAAAAUUCCGAUUACUGUUGGCAAAAUAAUUAAAUUAGAUUCAAAUAAAAAAAUUGCUACUAUUGCAGAUUAUACAGUAUCACAUGCUACAUCAGUCCUUACUUAUAGACAUAAUGAAGGAGUAGACUCGAAUAGUGGCAAUCAGACCAAUGCUAGUCACACUGGUGGUUCUGAUAAAAAUGAUUUGACGGUCAAUAAAGAAGGCUCAGAAUUAACGUCGAUGUCGAAUGAUCCGGAAAACGAUAGCCUUAUGGCAUCUAAUAUGGAAGAUCCCGAAGAUAUUUCAUGGAUGUUGGAUGAUUUGGAAGAA